AUGGCAGAAGCUUUUGCAGCCGAGAUUGCAAAAUCCCUUUUAGGGAAGUUAGGCUCUUUUGCUGUUCAAGAAUUUCGUUUGGCAUGGGGCUUUCAAGAUGACCUUGCACGUCUUGAAGAGAGAUUGAAAGCCAUCAACGCGGUGCUGUCCGAUGCUGAGAAGCAACAAUCCAAGAAUGAGAGGAUUCGGCUCUGGCUCCAAAUGCUCAGAGAAGUCUUGUAUGAUGCAGAGGACGUGCUGGACGAAAUCGAGUGCGAAACUUUGCAAAGGCAGGUGGUGAAAACUAAAGGGAGCACCAGCAGAAAGGUACAACACUUCUUUACGAGUUCUAAUAUGAAUGCAUUCCGUUUAAGAAUGGGUCAUAAUAUAAAGAAGAUCAUAGAAAGACUAGCUGAGAUUUCAGCUCUUAAGUCUGACUUCAACCUCAGCGAGCAGGCUAUUGAUUGUAGUCAUGUCUUGCAUGAGGAAACAAAGAUGAACCGAUCCUUUGAUAGCUUUUCCGGUCUUAUCGGAAGAGAUGAAGACAAAGAACGCAUCAUCAACCUUUUAAUUGCACCUUUUAAGGUUGGUGAUGCACAUCCCCUUGUCCUUCCGAUAGUAGGAAUGGGAGGCUUGGGGAAGACAUCUCUUGCCAAAUCGGUGUGUGAUGAUGAGAUUGUAAACACUCAUGAUUUUGAUCUGAAGCUGGAGGCAUGUGUUUCAGAUGAUUUUUGCUUGAAACAAGUGGUGCAAAAAAUUAUUAAAUCUGCAACUGGGGAAAGAUGUGCGGAUUUGGAUGAGGGUGAACUUAAUAAAAAACUUGAAGAAAUUUUGAAUGGUAAGAAAUACUUGCUUCUUUUGGAUGAUGUUUGGAAUGAAGAAGCUCAAAAAUGGUUGUUGUUGAAGACUUUGUUAUCAAAAGGGGCUGAUGGAAGUAAGAUUAUAGUAACUACCCGUAGUCUACGUGUUGCUGAGAUUAUGGGUACUGUUGCUGCGUACAACCUAAGUCUUCUUGGUCAAGAGGACUGUCUGUCGUUGUUUUACAAGUGUGCAUUCAAGGAAGGGGAAAAGGAGUUGUAUCCAAAUUUGGUUGGAAUUGGGAAAGAAAUAGUGGAAAAAUGCAAGCAAGUUCCUCUGGCAGUGAUUAACUUGGGGACUCAACUGUAUGGCAAGACUGAUGAAAAAGAGUGGAAAUCGGUGAGAGACAGUGAGAAGUGGGAAGAAGAGGGAGAUGGUAUUUUACCUGCCUUGAAAAUAAGCUAUCAAAGACUGCCGACUCACUUGAAAAGAUGCUUUCUUUAUUGUUCGGUUUUUCCAAAAGAUUACCCGUUCAUAGAUCUCCUUUUGGUGCAAGUUUGGAUGGCACAUGGGCUCAUUCUUCAAUCACCAAAUCCAAAUGAGAACUUGGAAGAUGUCGGCUUGCGUUAUGUGCGCGAGUUGAUCUCAAGAUGUUUCUUCCAAGAUUAUGAGGUUAUGUGGUUUGCAGCUACCUUUAAAAUGCAUGAUUUAAUGCAUGAUCUUGCAUCAUCAUUGGCUCAAAACCACCAUAUUGCCAAAACUACCCGUCAUUUGUCAGUUCUUGACUCUGAUUCAUUUUUUCAUAAAACUCUCCCCAAGUAUUCAAAUGAGUUCCACCAUGUGCGGUCAAUAGUCUUUGCAGAUAGUAUGGUGGGGCCUACAUGCAAAACAGAUUUUGAGAAAUCUUUGUCGGAAUUUAAGCAUUUGCCAUCUUUGGAAUUAUUGGAAGAUUCUGAAUUUGAGGCUUUUCCGGAGGGGAUUGGCGCCUUGAAACAUUUGAGAUAUCUCCAUUUUCAUUGGAGCACAAAAAUGAAAAGACUCCCAAAAUCUAUUUUCAAAUUACAAAACUUGCAAGCUCUGGUUUUAGGUUUUGGAUUAGAAGUGCUGCCCAAAGAUGUGAGGUACAUGAUCAGCCUUAGAUUUUUAUAUGUAAUUACUAAGCAGAAGCGGUUGCCAGAAGGUGGGAUUGGGUGUUUGGAGUGUCUUCAAACUUUAAUCAUCUUUGAGUGUGAAAAUCUAGAAAAUUUGUUUGAAGACAUGCAAGCAACUCUUGCUUUACCAGAACAACUUCUUCAAGGAUCUGCAGAAUCUUUACAAACAUUUAUUAUCAAAGACUGUCCAAACAUUAGAGAAAUGCCAGAUUGCAUCAGUAAUUUAAAGAAACUUCAAAAUCUUGAGAUCAUUGAUUGUCCAAGGUUGAGCGAAAGGUGUCGAAGGGGAACAGGAAAAGAUUGGCCCAAGAUCGCACAUAUCCCUAAAAUCAAGGUUCAGUAUCUUGUAACACGAUGGGGAACAGACCCGAACUCACUUGGUUGUUACUCUUAUGAUCUGGUUGGAAAGCCUGAAGAUUCAUAUGAGAGACUCCGCGCACCCUUGGCCAAUCUCUUCUUUGGAGGAGAAGCAGUUAGCAUGGAGGACCAUCAAGGAUCUGUGCAUGGAGCAUACUCAGCUGGAAUUAUGGGUGCCGAGAGCUGUCAAAGACACCUAUUAGAGAGACUUGGCUACUUCGAUAAUCUCCACCUAGUCCCUUCUAGAGGUGCAAUCCAUGAUGCUACAUUUCCUCUCCAAAUCUCAAGGAUGUGA